CCCUUUCCUCCCUCUCCUCCUCUUCCUGUGAACAAUGCACCCACGCAAACGAAAUCGAUAAUGAUGCCCCGGCCCUUCCCUUUCCCCUUCAACGUUGGCACAGACAUCUGCUCCAUCGACCGCAUCUUCGGCAUCCUCAAAGGCAGCAACGGGCGCCGCUUCGUGCGAAGAGUGCUAAUUGAACGGGAAAGACAUGAGGGGUUGGAGAGGUGCGAUGGGCCGCUUCAGAGAUGGAGGUUAGCGGGACGGGUGUCGAGUGUGCUGGAGUGGAAGAGGAGGGAACUAGGGCUCACGGUUAGGGAGUUGAAUAAGCGGAGGUAUAAGUUGAAGGCGCAGGCGGGUGGGUUGGGGGCGUAUUUUAUGGGGGAGGUGGACGGGGACGAGGCGGAGGGUGGAAAGGGGAAGGGAAAGGGAGGGAAGGGGGGGAAGAAGAUUCGGUUUGCGAUUCGGGAGGAGUUGAGGAGGGAACUUGAGAGGGAGAUCAGGGCUGAGGAGGAAGCGGAGAGGAAAUUGCAUUUAGAGGAGGGUGAAAAGGAGUUUGUGGAUGGGGAGGAGGCGGUGCUGGCGAGGGAACAUGCUGGGAUGGGUGGAGAAGAGGGUGAGGAGUCUACUGUCGUUUUUGGAGGGGAGGAGACUGCGACGUCUAGUGAGGAAGCAAGGAAAGAAGUGGUGGACAAGAAAGAGGGAUCGGAAGUUAAGAAGGAGGAAGAGACACCCGCGCAGAAGAAGCAGAAGAGGCUGGAUGAUGCGGAUAUUAUGAUUAGGUUACUGGAUGACCAUGAGAAGGAAUUGGAGACUGCUGCAGAAGGGUUGUGGAAAGCGGCGGAGUUUCUGGCUGGUCGAUUCGCCGCUAAAGAAGCAGCUAUCAAAGCUCACCAUAACCGCAAACUCACAUACCACUCCAUCGCCAUCCACCGACCGCCCAGCAGCGACCCCUUAGAAGGCUCUCAGCCCCCUCUAGCCGUUAUCCUGCCAGAAUCAGGCAAUUGGGAAGAAGGAAAAGAGGCGAAGAUUAGCAUCAGUCAUGACGGGGAGUAUGCUAUCGCAACCUGCUUAGCAUUUGAACCUAGACCGAAACACCGUAUGGAGGGAUCUCGCAGGUGGCAGCCUACCGGUACAAUAUCCGAGACGAGCAAACAUAUAUAUAACCAGCUAGAGAUGGAUGAUAUGGAGCCCGAAGAGGAAGAAGACGAACACAGAUGGAGGGAGAUGGAAGAGGCGUUGGAAGAGAAAGACCGAGAAUUGGCGGGGAUAAAUGAUCCCAGGCGUUUAGUCAAGGUCGAACAACUCUCCGAUGAUGUUACAGCGGAGGAUUUACUCGAGCUUUUUAAAGGAAAGAGCGAGAAGCUGAAGGUGCAUAUUGCAGUUGCUGCUGAUGGGAAGAGGAGAGGGUAUGCGUUUGUCUCGUUUGCGAAUUCGAGAGAGGCGACCAGGGCGACACGUCAGAUGGAUCGGACGUUGCUUGGGGGGAAGAAGACUAUUUGUCGGUGGAUGGGGGGAAAGAGGGCGAGGAUUAGGGGUUUGGGAGUGGGUGGGAAGAAGAUCUUUAAGGGGGAGGGAAUUGGGCCGUGGGUUGAGCCUAAGUCUGGGGAGGGUGGGGAGACUGAAAUUUCGGUUUCUGAUGUGGCAGAGAAGGAGAAGUAGCUGAAGUUAUGACUGGAAAUGUCCAAGGUCCGGCAAGCGCUGGCUUAUUUGAAUGUUACAAGAAUGUACAGUAUUAUAUAUGUGUGUACGAUUGGAUAUAGAGAGAUGUCUCUCCAACUGUAUCAUUAUAUCAAAAAGUACGAGCUCUGAGCGGUUGCUUUCAGCGCAGGGGUGUUUCCUGGGUCUCCUUCAAAAGUUAAUUCUAUCCGAAAAUAAACAACAAAAGUGCGAAGGCUUCCUUGAGUGUUUUUUAUCUCUUUUGUGGAUGGGAGAAAAGCAUGACAACAGAUGUUACUGAGGAUCUCGAAGUUUCAAGGAUUCGAGAGGGCUUUGGCAGAAAGGGGCAAUGAGAACGUGGACUUGGCCUUAAGCGAGUGUCACGAUUCAUACUUCC